AUGGAUACAGACGACGGGUCCCCAUCCCAGAUUGCAUGCAUAGCUCUAUUUGAAGACGACCUGUCUCGCUGGGAAGCAACAAAAGACCGCAACGCCAUCGCUGACGGCCUUUUCUUCCGCGCUUCUGCAAAUACAAAAGUCUACUGCCGGCCUGUGUGUAAGGCUCGUCUCCCGCGUCGCGAAAAUGUAUCCUUCUACAAGACCAGCAGAGAGGCACAGGCGGCAGGGUAUCGCCCGUGCAGACGGUGCAAACCGAACCAUGAAGGCCUUAUGCCGGAGGACGCUGCCGUACUCAAAGUCCAGGCCUUUCUAGAAGGUAGUGAGAGGGUGUUCAAGUACGACUCUACCCCGGAAAGCCUGAGCCAAAUGGCCAGGCAGGCUGGACUAUCCAAAUGGCACUUCCACAGGGUGUUCAAGAAAUGCACCGGCAUGACUCCCGUCCAGUACCGACGAACCGCCGGAGAUGGAACAUUGAAUAGCAGCGCUAUCGAGAAAAUAGCAGAGUCAUAG